AAGCAAACUUUAAUUAGACAAUUUGAGCUUGCAAAUUCUCUCACUCUCAAUUUAGAUUGUGUGCUUUGGAAGUAGGCGGUCUUUGACCCAUUGCUCGCUGUACUUUGAUAUGUGUUCGGCUCAGCUGUAGAGGACAACUGGGCUGUGCGGAGGAUUUAUGUGUUUGACAAUGUGACUUAAUCUAUGGAAAACUAAAACCGAAAUUAUAGUCUACAGAAAAACUAGACCUACACUUUCGGAGGUUCACAGACAGACGACUACAUACUCAAACAUUUGGUCCUGAGGCCUGAGUGCCAUGCCAGAGGAGUCCCACAGUGCUCUCCAUAAGGGCCCAAUGGGGGAAGAAUCUCCUCGGUUGUACUCUGCCCUCUCCAUCAGUGGUGGCCAUGAGCGACAAGACGGCUACAGCCAGCUCUGUGCUGACCCCUCAGCGGGAGGGGCUGAGCGUCCAGUGAGCCUGGUGUCCACUCUGUCCUCAGUCUCCUCCCAGGACAGCCACAGCCUCUACGGCAGUACCUCAGCCCUCCCCUCCACACCACCUCCCCCCAGUGGAGCGGACAUUGACCUGGAGCUCAGCCCUGCAGAGGGAGCCAGGGAGCAGCCACAGAUCAAGACGCAGGGCCUCAGCCAGGGGGGGACCAGAGACCAGUGGCUGAACCACAGUCAGACCAGGUCCCAGUGCAACAACAACGCCACCACCAACAGGAGGACUAAUGCACCUCAGACCCAUACCUCGCCCUUUGCCACUGAAGCCAUGGCGCCCAACCCUAAGCUCAGCUACGUGGACCAUGUAGUCAUGGAGAUAAUUGAGACUGAGCGCAUGUAUGUCAGGGACCUUCGCAGCAUCGUGGAGGAUUACCUGGCUCACAUCAUAGACAUGGACAACCUUCCCAUUCGUCCAGACCAGGUUUCUUUCCUGUUUGGGAAUAUAGAGGACAUAUAUGAGUUCAACAGUGAGCUGCUGCAGUCUCUGGACAUGUGUGAGAAUGACCCGGUUGCUGUGGCCAGUUGCUUCGUAGACAAAAGUGACGCUUUUGAAAUCUAUACACAGUACUGCACAAACUACCCCAACUCUGUGGGUACACUGACCGACUGCAUGAGGAGUACGACUCUGGCCAAGUUCUUCAGGGAUCGCCAGGCCUUCCUCAAGCGUUCUCUCCCCCUGGGUUCCUACCUGCUCAAACCUGUCCAGAGGAUCCUCAAAUACCACCUGCUUCUGCAGGAGAUCGCCAAGCACUUUGACCCUGAGAAGGAGGGCUAUGAGGUGGUGCAGGAGGCCAUUGACACCAUGACCGGGGUGGCCUGGUACAUCAAUGACAUGAAGAGGAAACACGAGCACGCUGUCAGGCUGCAGGAGAUCCAGUCUCUCCUGAUCAACUGGAAGGGUUCUGACCUCACUACGUAUGGAGAGCUGGUGCUGGAGGGAACCUUCCAGGUCCAACGUGCCAAGAACACCAGGAUGCUGUUCCUCUUUGACAAGAUGCUCCUCAUCACCAAAAAGAGAGGAGAGCACUAUGUCUACAAGACACACAUAUUGUGCUCAACCCUGAUGCUGCUUGACAGCGCCAAGGACCCCCUGCAUUUCAGUGUGAUCCACUUCAAGCAUCCCAAGCAGCCUCACACUGUGCAGGCCAAGACUGUAGAGGAGAAGCGCCUCUGGGCUCAUCAUAUCAAGAAACUGAUUCUAGAGAACCACCACACCAUUGUCCCACAGAAGGUAAAAGAGGCCAUCCUCGAAAUGGAUUCUCUCUACCCAGGGUCUGGGAAGUACCGCUACAGCCCAGAGAGGCUGAAGAAGGCUGGAUACUGCCGGGCUGAAGACCUUUCCCCAGAGGGGAGUUCCGGGCGCAGGACAUCAGAACCAGGGAAACAGAUCGUAAGGACAACCAAAGCCAUUCUGAAGCACACAGACAGUGAAGGUGCUCUUCUGGGAGACAGGCGUUCCCUGCAGCCAACUGCUAGUGUCAGUAUGCUGGGCUCCAGUCUAGGUGAGGCUGAGAGGCCUGGUGUGCUGGAAGCCCAGGAGAAGAUAGGCCGCGGGAGGGCAUCUCUGGAGCAGCUGAGCCCCAGUGAGGACCCUAAGCCAGGGUCCUUACCCUGCCAGGGGGGCACUGAGCAGCAGGAGGAGGAGACGGAGGAGAAGGGGGAGAUAAACACAGAUGAUAUUCUGAUGGAGGAUGACCAGGUAGCCGACUUUGCCAGCUCCAAGCUGGCAGCCAUCUCUUGCUGGCACUAUAGCAGGGCUUUACUUUCUGCUUGGUUCACAACGGUGUAUGUGGAGGAGGUUCCUCCUCAAAGUAGUGCUCCUAAGGUAGUAGUGAUAGAACAGAGUGAGGCGAACCCACCCCUAUACACAGAGCCUGAUGCUUCGCCAACUCUGCCUCCCAGACAGCCUGAGACGUCUCCGACACUGGAGCCUGAGAGGGGUAUCGGGGGAGGAGUAGAGGAAGAGGGAAGGUACAGGGCGGGAGGGGAGGAAGAGAACAGUGACUGCUCUGUCCAACAGGACGAGAUGAACUCAUCAGUGACAAAUGGAGAGUGUUCAGAGUUUGGUGCGGUGGUGGGAACUGAGACCAGCCGCAUCCUGCCUGCCUCUGUGUUGGACCAGGGCAGUGUAAUCACUGAGCAUUUUGUCGGCAGCCUGGUGGUCUCAGAGGACCUGUGUUCCCUGGGCUGCCCCUCACCUCAGUUGGGCAGCAAGAGCAGCAGCACACCCUGUCUGAACACCGAGCUCGAGGAGAAGGUCCAGACCCUGGUUAACUCCACCCCAGAGCACCCACUGCUCCUGAAAGGCAACACCUCUACGCCUGCCCCUAGACCAGACCACCACCUCAUGGAGGUGGAGUGCAGAUCUACUCUCUCCAAGCAGGACCGGAUACUCAUCCACAAGAUCAGGAGGUACUAUGAGCAUGCAGAGCACCAGGAUGCCAGCUUUAGCAUCAAGCGCAGGGAGAGCCUGUCCUAUAUUCCUGCAGGCCUGGUCAGACACCUGAGCCGGCAGCUCAACAGCAAACCCCAGGACCAAGCGGUUCCAGGGCACGGGAAGGUCUCCCCGAACAACCGGCCCACAUCCUGGUCAGUGUUCGACCUUCCUGGCUUAGAAAAAGAGCAGAGGACUAAUAAUACCCCUGUGCUGGAGCCACAGAGAGCUGGAGACCCAAAGCCCAGGUCCCAGAGUGUCAAUGAUGCUCCUGUUGGAGACGAGGAUGAGUUCUUCAGACCAUCCUUGGACAUGGUCCAAGUGUGGCAAGACAUAGAGAUGGAGGAGGUUUAUGGGUGCCUUGGGAAACCCAAGGGUAUCCAGGGUACAGAGGACAUUGUCCAUCCCAGAUCACUUCUAUCCCGGAAGGGGGGAACCAGCAGAGAGAUCCUUGAAGCUGAGUAUAUCAAGCCCCUGAGGAUCCUGGAGGAGUCGGACAUGGGUGCUGUCUCAGAGGAAUCCCCAUCACCCAUCACAACUUCCCCAGACCCCUUCUCAGGGCAGGAGUCCUGCCAGAAUAAGACUCCCAAGUCCUGGGAGAAAGGCACAGUCAGUAGAUCUCCCCUCCCCAGGAUCAUCAGCCUGCGUUUAGGGGUGGAAGAGGACCUGAUUCUGCAGGAUAUGGAGAAGAUGAAGAACAAGGUUUUCCAACUGGCCCGCCAGUACAGCCAGCGCAUCAAGAACAGCAGGCCCGUGGUGAGGCAGAGAAACAUGGUGGCUGAGAACCACCUUGCCUUUAAGAACCUACCAGCUGUCUAUGAGGAGAAGGUCCAAAGAAGAGACUGGGGUAGGCCUAACCUGACACUGCCACUCAAAUCCUAUGAGCAGGUGGUCGUGCAUGAGCGGAGGACCCCAAGCCCAGUCCCGAGUCUCAACUCUGGGGCUAGCUCACGCGUCACGUCCCCCUGUCCCAACAGUCCUCACAGCCCAGUGCAGACACAGAAUUUCCACUGGCCAGAUGUCCAGGAGCUGCGCUCCAAAUACACUAACCACAGGCUGGACCUUGGUUCCUCCCACCCAUCACCUGUCAGCCAUAGCUGCUCCGUCCCAGAGAGGAUGCAGAGUUGCACUGAGGUCUUCAGUACCUCAUGGAGCCCCGAUGGCUACUCAUCCAGCUGCAACUGCUCCACAGACACUAACAGUGGACUAACAGACUCCCUUGAGACUAUGUCAUCCAUGGACCACCAGGGUGGGGGUUCUGUUGGAGAGGCUCAGCCCCAGCCACCACUUUGCAGGUGGCACUCUUUUGAUCAAUUGCUAGGAACACUGCCUCUACAGGAGCUGCAGAACCUUCAGGAGACUAUGAGGAGCUGUUACAUGGCUGGUCAGGCUACCCUGCCCAACGAGCACAAGGUUAUUAUAGUGGAGAGGGUUGCUAGCGAUGGGCCAGAGGAGACUGGAGGGAAGACGAGAGUGGAGGAACAAGGAGCUAAAGGAAAGACCAAACUUAAAAUCUCGAAAAGCCUCGAUUACCAGUACUGUGCCAAGAGGUCUGCACUGACUUCAGGCAAAAAGAUCGAGAGUAGUCUGGUAAAAAACCUACGAGCAAAAUUCCAGAACUUGGGAUCAAACACAAACACUGUAAAUGCCCUGCCUUUUUGAUCGCUUUCUGUAAAUAAUGAAAUAAGCCUUUUCUUACCUAUAUAUGCAAUUGACGUCGAGGAAUAUGACUAUAAAUACUGUCUAUUAGGCAGUAACUACUGCUACUGUGUUAGGAGUACCAUUUUCAUUUUCUACUUUUUGUCUGUAUUAUCACCUUCUCACAUCACUCUUUUCUCACUUCUGGUGUUACCUACUAGGGAUAUUGAACAAUCAAGGGCACCCCAUGGGAAAAUAUGUUGUGACUUUGUAAAAUGUGUAAAUAGUUGUAAAUGUGUCUUGUUCUUAGACCAUCAUGAAAUGUGUUUACAUGAAGAGAAUGACUCUGUAUAUAAGGAAAAUGGUUUUGAGAAAAAACGUCAGCAUAUUGAAGUAGAUCCAGUCCAGAUUACCCUUUUAUUUUUCCCCUGUGUAACGAUGCAAUGGUCAUCCUCUAUUUGUGAAUCAAUUGUGAGGGUCAUAAGCAAGGAAAUAGUGUAAAGAGAUGUGCGACUUAAUAUAUAAAUGGGAGUAAAUCUGGAAGGCUGGGCCACCAUUUUUAAGUUAUUUAUUGCGGAUUUACAGCCAUUAGGAUUCACUCAAUCCUAUUUGACCUUUGGUCAAAGUGUUUUUCCUUCAGUUGUUUAAAAAUGGGAGAUGUAUGGUCUGUGCUGUCUACUAUUCAGCCAAAUGCACCACAUUUAGCUACUACUCAAUACUAUGAUCGUUUUCAUACAUCACUGGAGUUGUUUUCUGAUCUAUUUCCUUGUUAUUUAUAAAAUGAUCCUCAUCUUCCUAGACCUUUUAAUUCCAGAAACGGCACAGAAUAAUUUCAUACCUGAAAUGGCAUAUAUGCUCAAUAAAAUCUGAGCUAUUGAAAUUACAAUA